AUGCAAAUUAAAAAUGGGCACAGAACUCUAUUUUGGUCAGACCACUGGCUUCCUGAGGGCCGUCUUAUCGGCAUAGCGGGGGAUAGUGGACCACAACGGCUUGGCAUUGGGAGAUAUGCCAAGGUUGCUGAUGUUGCAAAUGCUUCUGGUUGGCAGUUUCGAAAUCGCAGAGACCAAAUGCUACGGCAAAUAAUCACGAGUGUUACAAGGGUCACAGCGCCAGUUGAUGGUGAUGAGGAGGACGGUGCUAUGGAGAUACGACCGCAUAGAGAGAAGCAAGAUUGGAGUAAAGUGGUAUGGUUGGCUCAAGGGGUGCCCCGGUUUGCCUUUAUUACUUGGUUAGCAAUUCGUGAUAGACUUGCAACUGGAGUUAGAAUGAGGCAGUGGGGAGUAGUACAAGGAUGUGUGUUCUGUGGAGAGCCUAAUGAGUCCAGAGACCACCUCUUCUUUGCUUGCCCAUACACCUUCACUGUAUGGUUGGCAGUUGUGGGAGACUUGCUGGGAGUAAGUGCUGAUCCAGAUUGGGAGAUGACAUUAAGCCGGCUGGAGAGAAAUGACAUGAGACAUACUGGGAAGUUGAAACUGGUGGGGCAGUUAAUAGCUCUCAUUGAAAAAACAGUCAAGAACAGGAUUAUGUCAACUCGGUACUUUGAGAAACCAAAGCUUCUAGGACUGAUGCAAAGAUGGUUCAGGGGGCACUAG